AUGGUAAUGGAAAUUAAUGAAACGAUGUCAUCUUCAUGGCCGAUAGUGAAGAAGCUGGACGAGAAAAAUUAUUCAAGAUUAGUGGAAGAUGCUGGAAUGCUUCAUCGUGUACGAAACGACCAUCAAAAAUCUCAUCUCAAAAAUGAUUCCAUCAACGAAAAUACCGCAACAAAACAAUUGAACAGCAAAAGUUCCCUCAAUUUAAAUGCUGAUUACAAACUUCAAUGCCAUGCAUAA